CGAAUAUCGUCAUGAUGGGUGUCGGUGCUCGCUUUAAACGUUCGCCCGGCGCGCGCAGGACGCACCAGGUGCUUCGUCUCGGCUGUUUCGGCGCCGCGGCUGUCGUGCUCGCCGUUUUCUCCCUACUGUCAGAGUCGGACGAUGGGAGCCAUGGGGACGCGUUCACGGGAGGCGGGGCGUUGUCGACGAUGCGUCGCCGCCUCACGGAAGAGGGAUCGCUUUAUCCCGACGACGCGUUCGGUAAGUCGGGAAUGAAGAAAGGAGCCAUCAUUCUGCACGUCAUCGGCGUCAUGUACACUUUCGCCGGCAUCGCCAUCGUCUGCGACGACUUCUUCGUCCCCGCGCUGGAGGUGCUGGUGGAAAAGUACAAGAUUGAGGACGACGUCGCCGGCGCGACGUUCAUGGCCGCGGGAGGGAGCGCCCCCGAGCUCUUCACCGCGCUCAUCGGUGUUUUCAUCGCAAAGUCCAACGUCGGGUUCGGUACGAUCAUCGGAAGCGCCGUGUUCAACGUGCUGUUCGUCAUCGGAGCGUGCGCAUUCUUCUCUAAGGAGAUUCUCGUGCUGACGUGGUGGCCGCUGUUCCGAGACUGCUGCUGGUACACCUUCGACCUCCUCAUGCUGUACGUGUUUUUCAGGGACGAGCACAUCGACAUGUGGGAGUCCGGGGUCCUCCUGCUCUUUUACAUCAGCUACGUCGCCUUCAUGUCGCAAAACACAAGGGUGGAGACGUUUUUCAAGAGGAGCAUCCUGCGCCAGAGGGACUUCGUGGCCACGACCAGGCACGACGAGGAGCGCGCCGAGAAGAAAGCCCAGGCGAUCGGCUCUCCGGCAACCCCGAGCAAGCUCUCGCAGGUUUCACCCGGACCCGGAGCCGUGACAGAAUCAGAGCUCGCGAGAACUCUGACCCCGAAAGGGCUGGAGCGCACCUCGACGCCGAGGGCGCUGGUUCGGAAAGAGUCCAAGCGCCUCAUCAAGUCCGACUCGUCGAAGGACCCGGGUCCCGACGACGACGACGACGACGACGGAGGCAUCGAUCUGGACUGGCCGGAGGGACUCGGGAACCAGGUAUACUACGUUCUGUUGUGCCCGAUCAUGUUCGGGCUCGCGUACACCAUUCCCAACUGCAAGAAGAAGGAACACCUGUGGCCGGUGGUGUUCAUCGAGUCGAUUCUUUACAUCGGUUUCUUCUCUUAUUUCAUGGUGUGGUGGGCCACUUCGAUUGGCGCCGUCGUCGGCAUCUCGGACGAGGUGAUGGGUUACACGUUUUUGGCGGCGGGAACGUCCGUGCCGGACCUGAUGUCGUCGGUCAUCGUCGCCAGGCAGGGCUUUGGCGACAUGGCAGUGAGCUCCUCCAUCGGGAGCAACAUCUUCGACAUCACCUUUGGCCUGCCUCUGCCCUGGUUUCUGUGGUCCAUCAUCGAGGGCGGCAAGGGCAUUGACGUCAUCAGCAACUCGCUCAACUUCUCGUUGCUCCUCCUGAUCCUGAUGCUCGUUUCCGUCGUGGUGAUCAUCGCGGCGUGCGGUUGGAAGAUGACCAGCGGCCUCGGCUUCUCGAUGGUUGUCCUUUACGGAUUGUUCCUGGCGUUGGCAAUCAUGAACUCGAGGGGGGUCAUUGGCGGGAUCGACUGAUCGUGUCCUGGUCGUCACCAAGAAGUUGACGUUGUGUAUUGUUACUGAACCCGUGCGUGACGCGUUGUUAUCUCUAUAUUCUACGUCUAUAUUCU